AUGGAUGGUUCGGUGACGAUCUUGCCAGAGGCUGACAUCCAGACACUGCUGGGAAAUAAGGGAGGACUGGUGGUCAGUGAGGAAACACAGUUCGGAUCUUUGUUGCUUGGGGAGACUAAGGAGCUGCUCAUCUUUCUUCACAAUACUGGUUCAGAGACCCACAAACUGAAAUGCUGUGAAUUUGCUGGCUGGGACCCUGAGGAGCAGUUUUCAUUUGGACUGACACCACAUUACGCCAACGCUGACUUUUUAUCAAAACCCAAGCUUCAACAAACCAUCCCAGCCAACCCCUACAUUCCCUUCAUCCGAGCCCCAAGCAGGGACCUUGUAGCACGGCAUGGCUUCCAUGUGCUAGUCAAUCCUUCCUCUGUACCUGUGGAGGAAGAUGGGGAAAGACAUGAAAACGGUACUGGGGUAGAUAUUGCUGAAGGGGUUGCAGAUGAUGGAGAGAAGAAUGCUGAGGAGGCACCACGUCUCCGGGCAAUAGAGAAAAAUCUGAAAAUACUACCAGGAGAGAAGGUGUCCAUCACUGUAGGCUGCCAGGCUAAGAACCUGGGCCGUUGUGCUGAGCUGCUGUUGCUGCACUUCUCCUCGUUUACCAUCGGGCGGCGCUUGGAGGUUUCUGUGAGCAGUGUGGAGGAGAAGCUGUUGAAGCCCAGAGCCCCCUACUGUCCAGCAGCCCUGCUACCACCAGCACCACAGAACCCUGCUCAGGUGGUCACUGUCAUGGCUCCCGCACCUCCAGUCAGAUUAGUGAGACGGCAUCUACCCAAUUUCCUGGGGAACUACCCAGUGCCACAGGCCCUGAGAGAUUGUGUGGAGGCCAAAACCGAUGUGCUGGUAGUUCAGCCUGCUCUUGGGGAGCCAUUGUGUCCGUCCUCCAUGUUGCCUCGUUUCUCUGCCCUGCUUUGGCUGGAGGAGCUGCAGGCUGAAGGAGAACUCCGAGAGUUCAGUAUUAGUGGUGCCCUCUUAAGGAAAGGAGCAGGGUACCUACACCUGGAGGUGCCUGGGUUGAGUGAAGGAAGACCCAAUCUUUUCAUAGGAGACAAAGUUGUUCUGAAGAAGCCAUGCGAUGGAGGGUUUGUUGUGGAAUAUAUCAGCUAUGUUACUGAGAUCAAUGAAGAGGAUGUGAGUUUACGGGUAAACGCAGAAUUACUGAAUAGCUAUUUGGGGGAGCCACUGGAUGUGGAGUUUACGUACAACAGACUUACUAUGAAAAGAUGCCACUGUGCUCUGGAGCAGACCAAGCACUUUGGAGAAAAUGUGCUCUUCCCCAGAUAUCUGCAGCUGCAGAGCCCCUUGUGGACAUGUGAUUGGGAGCCGGAACUGACAAUCAAACAGGACGAAAACAAAACAACCCAUGAAAGUGACGAGAGUAGAGAAAAACCCUGUGAGAACAGGGAGAAGCCACCUUCCCUGACUAUGGACAUGGUCUCUGUGGCAACACAGACAAAAACAGAUUUGUGUACAGCGUCUAAGCCCAUCCCAGACCCAGGCAAGUUCUUUAACUGUAAUCUUAACCCUGCUCAGAAGGAGGCAGUCAAACAUAUUCUCCGUGGAGAGUGUCGCCCCACUCCCUACGUGCUCUUCGGCCCCCCAGGCACAGGCAAAACCAUCACACUCGUAGAGGCCAUACUGCAGGUGUAUUACCGUGUGCCAGGGAGUCGUGUUUUGGUAUGCACACCUUCUAACAGCGCUGCAGAUCUGGUCUGUAUCCGCCUGCAUGAGAGCGGCUACCUGCAAGCUGCCAGCCUGGCACGAGUCAACGCCACCUGUAGGAUUGAGGAGUCUCUGCCUGAGGUAUUGCGACAGUACUGUCAUGCUGGAGAGGAUAUACGCCAUGCUUCUUUCCACCGUAUUGUCGUCAGCACCUGCUCCAGCGCUGGCAUGUUUUACCAGAUUGGCUUACGUGUUGGUCAUUUUACUCAUGUGUUUCUGGAUGAGGCUGGUCAAGCUACUGAGCCUGAGUCUCUGAUUCCUCUUGGCCUGAUGUUUGAGAAGACAGGCCAGAUGGUCCUGUCUGGAGACCCAAAACAGCUGGGUCCAAUAGUGAAGUCUAAACUUGCUGAAGCUUUUGGACUAGGAGUGUCUUUGCUCGAGAGACUGAUGGCCACCCCUCUGUAUUCCUGCACAGAGAAGGGCUACAACCCAUUACUGGUGACUAAACUGGUGUAUAACUACCGCUCCCAUGAGGCGUUGCUGGAGCUUCCAUCACAGCUGUUCUACGGUGGCGAGCUGUGCGUACGCUCACAGAGAGCUGUCGUGGACUCUCUCUGUCACUGGAGCCGCCUUCCUACCAAGGGUUUUCCCCUCAUCUUCCACGGAGUCAGGGGCACAGAGAUGAGGGAAGGCACUAACCCAUCCUGGUUUAACCCUGGAGAAGCGGUACAGGCCAUGCUUUACUGUUGCCAGCUGGCAAAAAGACUCUACAACCCCAUACCAGCUACUGACAUUGGCAUCAUCACACCUUACAAAAAACAGGUGGAAAAGAUCCGAGUGCUGUUGCACAGAGCGGGACUUGCUGACAUUAAGGUUGGCUCAGUUGAGGAAUUCCAGGGACAGGAGUUCUUGGUCAUCAUCCUCUCUGCGGUGCGCUCCAAUGAGGCGUUACCAAGCAAUGAUCUGCAGAGUGCACUGGGCUUUGUGUCCAACCCCAAACGCUUCAACGUGGCAAUCACGCGAUCAAAAGCUCUUCUGAUCAUCAUCGGCAACCCACACGUGCUGAUCAAGGACCCAUGUUUUCAUGCACUGCUGCAGUAUGCCUAUGAGAAUGGGGCUUUCCUUGGCUGUGACCCUCCCGUCUCUCUCCGAACUGCUGAUAGGGCUGCUUCUAAAGAAAAGGAAUAGGGGUAUAAAGCAGAAUUCUGAUCUGGAUCGGAGUCAUGUUGUGUAUCAAAAAAAUUAAACAUACAAUAAACUGUCCUGUGUUCACUGUUACCUUUUUUUUUUUUUUUUUUUUUUUUUUUUUUAACACAUUUGUAUUCAUUUUUUUUUAUAUAUAUAAUUUGUGUAAACUUCCAAUUACACAUCACACAUACUGCACACACUGUAUGAUGGUUUAUACAAUCCUUGAAACUCUUGUGUUAUAGGUAGGGAAGGUAAGUUGUGUGUGAACCUUGAUUUGAAGGUAGAUACUUUGAAAGUCCUAGAUGUUCUUUUGUUAAUUCUGACUCCAGUCCUCAUUCACAUUGUUGUUUUUUUUUUUUAAACGAAUGACAUUUCUGAGUUCAUACAUAAAGGUCUCUGUCUCAGUGUCUGGUUUGAGAAACCCCAUCAGAGUCAGAGAGUCUGUAGGUUGCAGACAGUCGUAUGUCUGAACGUCUCGGCGUGGCAGCGUCUCCAUGACCAAGUCUGAAUACGACAAUUGAGUGCCAAUAACAAUUUGUAGAGACAGAGUGGAGAAAGACACCAAGAGACUAGACGUGGGGCUCAGUAGAGUAACCUGCAAGAUAAUUUUGUUGUUUAGUGUAUAUGCCUAAUUUUUCUACAGCGUCCAGGUCUAUAUUUUGAAACAACACUUAGUCCCUUGUUUUACAAUCACGUUUCAACUUUUUGCAUAGAACUUGUUAAGAUUCUUUCAUUUUGUAAAAGUUAAACUGAAGUACAGUGUAUGUAACAUGUACGUGUCAGAGAGGUUGUAAUGUUGAGGUGGAGACUGCUUUUAUCAGAGUAGGUCUGACUGCAUGGCUGCUCUUUGAUCUAAAACUCUGGUGUGAGUAAACUGUUUGAAACCUGUCUGACACUCAAGUGUGUGUCGGUGUUCCGCUUGUGUUUAUGGGUCCACUGUGUUCCCUGUAUCUAUAACUGAGUCUGGUCAGAUUUGCGUUCAUUCAAAUAAUAUAUAAAAAAACCCCCAAAAACUCUAAAGUACAGCUUCAAUCUUGAAUCAGUUACCAGUUAUCUUUAUAGCAUGACUAUGAACAUCUGGAUUGUCACAAUUGAUUGAUGUGAAAGCAGUAACCUUUAAAACCCUCUAUCCCUCUGGUAUAUACUAAGAAAUUAAAAUCUUGCUUGUAGAGCAGUUAUGUGAGGUCAAAAUAUUUACAUUAUUUAUGUGGAUAAGCAGAUAGGGAUAAAUACCAGUAAUAGUUCCUAAUCCUUAUCACCUAUUAAGUUUUGAUAAUUUAUCAGCAGUUCCAUAAUGCCACACUAUCCAUGGUAUAACCUUGAUGGGCAUAAUGUAAUUUGUAUCAAAACAAAAAAUAGAACCAACUUAGUCAAGAAGUUACCACAGCUUUGACAGACUUGCUUGUAUAGGUCCCAUUAGUCUUCUAUAGGCUUGCCACACAUUAACAACACAAACAUAAUGCCUAAAAAGGGGCAGGAGAGCUAUUAGAUAGACAAACAUGCUCCUGGGGGGAUUACAAUAAGAGAAGGGUGGGCCUCUAUUGUUUUCCAAAAUGGGCCUGUGUCUCUAAUUGCCCAGUUAGGUCCCCUUGCUAACUGCCGUCUACACCACCUUGAGCCAGGGCAGUAAAGGGGCCAUCGAGGCUGGGGCCGGGGUGACAGGGCUGGAGCCUCGAGCACUGAGGGACCGGGAGAAAGCACACAGUAGCAUUGCAACUUUCCCCCCUAAUUAACUUCAAAUGGCACCACAAGUUCUAACAAUAAUCACACCGUCUACUCUGCUUGAUUGCUUUCAUUGAGUACUUUAGUUUAGAAACUUGUCUGAAAACUGGGGCCAGGAAUAAAGUUCUCAUAUACAUGGUAACAGUUGCAGCUGGAGGCCUUUGGCCUUUUGGAAGCUUUAUAUAUUGGAGACAGAGCAAUAUACAAGCUGUAGCUGGGGGACAUUUAUGGCAUAAAGCUUUUCUACUACAGAUACCUGUUGUGUAAAUUGGACCUGAAGUUUUCACUGGUGUCUUCAGAGUCUUUGGUCAGCUAACGGUCAAUGAAGGAAACUUUAUAUAAUAUAGUCAUUAGAGGUAAGCCUGAGUUGCUCCAGUGUGGAUGUAUGAACAUUAAAGUUGUACAUUUAAACCCAUUAUGUUGGAGCAACUCUUUGAGAAACAUUCUAAGGGUAGAAUAGGCCUUUAAUACUAAAGCUUAAGACAUACAGAAGAAGAGUUGUUUGCUAAUGUGGGAUAAUCCAUUGCUCUGCAUAAUGAGAGCCAAGUCCGUCAUGUAGAUAGUAAGCUGAUUCGUGUAAGGAUUAAGGACGGCACGGUAGCUAAGUGUUGUCCCAUUUGGCAUUUGAAUAUGAAUGGCUCCCUAUUUUGUUAGAUCAAAGGUGGUGUAGUGGUCAGGUAGACUGCAGACAAGGCAGCUCUAAUGGUGAAGUCUCUUGGGUCAGGGAAGCUCAAAUUAACAUGGGGAGACAGAGGAACUGUCAUCAGUUAGGAGACUGCCUGUCUGUCCACUAGCCCCCUCCCUACAGGACAGCUAUUAUUUUACACCUGAAAUAUUAUUCCUUUAAAUAUAUAUGUUUGUGCAUAGUGUCUUUCAGUUGUUAUUCCUUUAAUGUUUUUUUUCUCCUUUUAUUUUAACAAAGAAAAUGGGCUAUUCCUUUUCUGCUCUGCAGCUACUGGGCAGGCUUGUGCUCU